AUAGUUUUUAUCUCCACCCACAAAACCUUCAUUGGCUCUCUGCUGACGGACAUGAAGCUGAAAAACUUCGGCUCUCAGCAUUUGGGUCCCGUCUUCAGCUCGGCGCGUUGGGCUCAUCUCAGGUGAACAGAGCCAGGAUGCUGUUUGUGUUUCUUCUUCUGUCCUCUGGGUUUUUCCUGGAUCUGGUGGUGUGUGCUGCAGCACAAUCUGAACUGAGAAUCACAACCAUUAAGCAAGAUCCAUAUACAAUGUCCAAAGGAGGUCAGCUGGAAGGCUUUUGCAUGGAUCUGCUCUCCGAAGUGGCCAAGAAAGUUGGACUCAAGUACAAAGUGAAGCUGGUGAAAGAUGGCGCCUACGGUCGGCAGGAUGAGAGCGGGAACUGGAACGGGAUGAUUGGAGAGGUGGUGAGAGGGGAGGCAGAUCUUGCGAUUGCGCCGCUGACUCUGACUGCAGCGCGGGAGAAAGUUGUGGGCAUGACCAAGCCCUUCAUGCAGACUGGGAUCAGCAUCCUGCUGAGGAAGGACAUCUCAGAGGGAGCAGGUUUCUUUGACUUCCUGUCGCCCUUCGCGCCAGAAACCUGGAUCGGCAUUCUCAUCGCCUACAUGGCCACUGCAGCCAGCAUCUUCAUAGCUGCCAGAGUAAGCCCAUGUGAGUGGAGUGAGGCUCAGACUGAGAGAAACAGAUUCAGUUUCCUCUCCAGCCUGUGGUACGCAGCUGGAGCUCUGACUCUACAAGGUGCUGGUCCUCACCCCAAAGCCCUUUCAGGACGUGUCAUCUGCAGCAGCUGGUGGCUGUUUUCUGUCGUUCUAUUGGCUUGUUAUUUCUCCAACCUCAGCUCCUCCAGAACCUCAGAGUCCAGUCACCUGACCGUGAAAGGGUUCGAGGACUUGGCUGGUCAGGACACCAUCGAGUACGGAUGCCUGGCCGGUUCCUCCACUCUUGCGUUCUUCAAGAAUUCAAACAACCCAGUAUACCGCAGAAUCUACGAACACAUGGAGAGAACGCAGAGCUUCGUGUCGUCUAUGGACGAGGGGGUCAAACGAGCAAAGGAGGGAAACUUUGCCUUCAUCGGAGAAUCGGUUUCUCUGGACUUGGCUGUAGCGCGUCAUUGUGAGCUGGUGAGAGUGCAUGAGGUCAUCGGCAUGAGAGGAUACAGCAUUGCUGCCCCACUUGGUUCCCUGAUCAUAAAGAACCUCAGUGUGGCAAUCCUCCAGCUUAGCGAGGCGGGGGAGCUGGCCUAUCUGCGGAGCAAGUGGUGGGCCAGCAGCUGCAUUACAGACAAGGCCAAACCUGCAGCCGUGCAGCCGUGCAGCCUGAAGGGGAUGUUCCUGGUGCUUGCUCUGGGCCUCGGGCUCGGGACCCUCCUGGCCGUUCUGGAGCUCACCUUUAAGAGUCGCAGAAAGGCAGCCGAACUGCAGAAGUCAUGUUGCACCGUGCUAACCGAGGAGCUCAGUCUGCGCCUGAAGAACAGCAGAGCAGACAAACCCCAGGAGAAUGCAGACAAAGAAAAAGCAUGAAAGACUCAAACUCUCUCUAGUCUGAAAAGUUUGCUCCUUUUAAAUUAAAUCAGUCGUAACUUCAUAGGUUUUUAAAUUUGAUACUAAACUUCUACUCAAGACAAAAACUUUAGAUCAACAGCUGGGCGAUAAAAUCAUUGUUUAUGUUAAGAACUACCAUCUUGUUUUUACAUCUUUUUUUUUAUUUCAGCUUAAAAUUCAGGCCAACUCAAAGGAAACAUGGUUGCCAGAUUGUAAAAAUAUUUUCUAAUCAUUUCUAAUUUCAUUUUAAACAAAAAAGUGAUAAAAAUACAUCGGAUUAGUUAUUUAAAAGAAUCCAAGAUUUCAUUUUUAAACCAUAUCGCCCAGCUGUAAUUUAACCCCAAAAACUCACAUUGCUUUUUACUAAUGGCUUCUAAAUAUAAAUAAGAAUAAUUUU